AACUGAGCAUGUGCGGAAGUCGGGCCUCACUGGCCUGCACGCGCAGACGCACAAGCGCGCGGGAGCUUGGAUCUUGAGUCCAUUUCCGCUCUUCCGUCAUCUCUUCGGACCCUUUUCACCCGCGGGUGACCCGACCUCAGGGGCGGGUGGCAGACAACAUGGAAAAAGCUGAAGAUGGUGAACAGAGUCCAAGUGAGGCGUCUCCUCCUGCCCAGACAGGGCCUGAAAAUCUCCCUCAGCAGGUGUCUCAGGAGGAAGCGGGCCAGGUGCUGUAUCACGAGGAGACCAUUGAUCUUGGUGGAGAUGAGUUUGGAUCCGAAGAGAACGAGCCAACGUCCGAAGACUCUCACAACUUCGUAGAUAGGCUUAAUGAGCACAUGAUGGAGAGCGUGCUCAUCUCCGACUCUCCUAACAACAGUGAGGGCGAUGUGGGUGACCUCGGCUGUCUGCAGGACGUUGCAGAGCCCCCCAGAAGUGCCACUGAUCACAGACUGCCCAGUGCCAUAGACAAAGAAGCCGUGGACACUCUGAGUAAUGGCAGUGAGACUGAUGGAGACGAUACGCCCAGAGAUGUUUCAGACAUGACGCCCGACAGCAGAGCCUCUCCGAAAGAGGACUCAACCCAGGAAGAUGUGACAAGCAUGCCUGCACUGGAAAAUGCUGGCACGGAGGAUGUGGAGCCUAGGGAUAGCCAAGUACCCCCCGAAGAGCAGACUGCAGAAGUGUCUUCCAGCCAGUCCUCCUCCAAAGACGAGCCCUUGCCUGUCUGCACCAUCUUCAGCCAGGCCACCUCCACUCCCUCGCAGCCACACUUGUUUCUGCAGGAUGGCUUCCAGUCCCAGAUGGUGAAAUCUCCAAGUUUCAGUAGCACCAGUGAGAUGUCGGCCAAGACCCCUCCUCCGAUGGUCCAGCCCAGUCCCAGCUUGAGUACAUUUUUUGGAGAUACAAUGAGUUCUAAUUCCUUGGCCUCUGACUUCUUUGAUUCCUUCACAACUUCUACUUUCAUUUCGGUCAGUAAUCCCAAUGCAGGUUCCCCAGUUCCAGAAAAGCUGUCUUCACUGGCUACCCCUACAGGAGAAAAGUCAUCAGAUUCUCCCAGCCCAUCUUACUCUACAAGGAUGGAUAGAUCAGAAUCGGGUGUUUCUCCGGCCCCUCUGGAUGUCUCUGAGUCUCCAAAGCCAUUCUCACAGAUCCAGACUGUGUUUGCUGGGAGUGAUGACCCCUUCGCCACAGCCCUGAGCAUGAGCGAGAUGGACCGGAGGAAUGACGCAUGGCUUCCCAGCCAGGAGACCAGGGAGGUUCUGAUGUCAGUAGCGACCCAGCAAUAUGGCACUGUGUUCAUAGACAAGGAGAACCUUACCAUGCCCGGCCUCAAGUUUGACAACAUUCAGGGAGAUGCCGUUAAAGACUUGAUGCUUCGCUUCCUGGGUGAGAAGGCUGCAGCGAAGAGACAAGUCUUAAAUGCCAGCUCGGUGGAGCAGUCCUUCGUGGGGCUGAAGCAGCUCAUUAGCUGCAGGAACUGGAGGGCAGCAGUGGACCUGUGUGGGCGCCUGCUCACAGCCCAUGGACAAGGCUAUGGCAAGAGUGGACUGCCCACCAGCCACACCACAGACUCCUUGCAGCUCUGGUUUGUGAGGCUGGCACUGCUGGUGAAGUUGGGCCUUUUCCAGAAUGCUGAGAUGGAAUUUGAACCCUUUGGAAAUCUGGACCAGCCAGACCUGUAUUAUGAAUACUACCCACACGUGUACCCAGGACGAAGGGGCUCCAUGGUCCCCUUUUCGAUGCGCAUUCUGCAUGCAGAACUCCAGCAGUAUCUGGGGAACCCACAGGAGUCCCUGGACCGACUGCACAGGGUCAAGACCGUCUGCAGUAAGAUCCUGGCCAACUUGGAGCAAGGCUUCGCUGAAGACGGUGGCCUGAGCAGCGUCACCCAGGAGAGCAGGCAAGCCUCUGUUCAGCUGUGGAGGUCGCGUCUGGGCCGUGUGCUGUAUUCCAUGGCAAACUGUCUGCUCCUGAUGAAGGACUAUGUGCUGGCCGUAGAUGCUUACCGCACAGUAAUCAAGUACUACCCGGAGCAGGAGCCACAGCUGCUAAGUGGCAUCGGCCGCAUCCUCCUCCAGAUUGGAGACAUAAAAACAGCUGAAAAAUACUUUCAAGACGUUGAGAAAGUAACGCAGAAGUUAGAUGGACUGCAGGGCAAAAUAAUGGUUCUAAUGAACAGAGCCUUUCUGUACCUUGGCCAGAAUAACUUUGCAGAAGCUCACAAGUUCUUCACAGAGAUUUUGAGGAUGGACCCCACAAACGCAGUGGCCAACAACAAUGCUGCUGUGUGCCUGCUCUACCUGGGCAAGCUCAAGGACUCCCUGCGGCAGCUAGAGGCCAUGGUGCAGCAGGACCCCAGGCACUACCUGCACGAGAGCGUCCUCUUCAACCUGACCACCAUGUACGAGCUGGAGUCCUCAAGGAGCAUGCAGAAGAAGCAGAGCCUACUCGAGGCUGUGGCCAGCAAAGAAGGGGACAGCUUCAACACACAGUGCCUCAAGCUGGCCUAGUUCCCACCAGAUCUCUGUACCCUGCAGACACUUGAACAGCUGGAUCAGUAAAAGCACUGGACGGGCGUGUGGGAGCAUGCCUUGAGCUAGGCUACUCUCAGAUCCACCGUCCUGCCUACUUUGCAGUCCCCACAGCACUGCCUGUUGGUAAGGGUAGGCUGUGUGGAUGGCCGUCAGAAACAGGAAGUACAAGACACACAGGGUCCCUUCAGUUUGUUCCUGGAAGUUAACCUGCCCUUUUAUCACUUCUGAAUACUCAGAGAAACAGCAGGUGCAUACUACUGCCUAUUCUCACUGUAGGCCUAAAUGAUCCUAGCUCACUCUCUUCCUCCACAUCUCAAAACGAAGCAUCUCUUUGAUUAUUCAGCUCACUCCUUUCUGGCCUGACACAGGCCACCUUGGAUGGCUUGUGUUGAGAGCCAUCAGCUGUGUACUGGGGCAAGAAGCAUCAGGCUGCACAGCACCAGUGCAUUUCUGUGUAGCUGGAAGGCAGGACAGAUGCUUAAUGCUUGGACUUUUUUCUACUUUGAGAAAUGUAAAGCACCUGAAAAUAGCUUUGGGUACCCAGCUUUCCUAGCUCAUGUGAAAACACUCAUUUUAAAGACAGGAGACACAACUGGGUUGCAGUAGAGUACAACUUUGCUCCACCCCAGCUCCAAAACAGACCAAAACCACACAUCUCUUCGCUUUUGUAAUAAAGGGAAAAGAUAGA